CAAUAUAAAGUAGGUCAAGUAAAUCAAUGCAUUUUCAAAAACAGAAAUAUUGUUAACAAUAAUUUCGUCCGGAAACGGAAGCCAUAUGAUAUAUUGCAAAUCAAACAUAUAUAUUGAGUGUAUGACAUUUCACUUUUAAUACAUAUUUAGGUAGGAUUCUGAAGCUUUCUAAAACGAAAGUAGAAUCAUAUUCGGAUUCAUUUGGCUUCAUCCAAAAUGUCAACCAAAAGCCAUGUGGGAGAAAUUUUUAUGCCAGGAGAUGUUGUUGACAAUCUGAAAGUAUCAGAGAAAACUUCAAAAGCAGUCCUUGGUCCGGGACUGAGACAGGAAACAGAAACAAUUCUAGUUUCAAAACCAGGGAUUCUUAGACACAAAGAGCCAAAUAUCUACUGGAUUGACAGUCACCAAAAAAGAUAUGUCCCAGUGAGAGGAGAAUCGGUGAUUGGCAUUGUCACAAACAAAGGUGGUGAUGUUUUCCGUGUAGAUAUUGGUGGGAGUGAGAUGGGAUCUUUGUCAUAUUUAUCAUUUGAAGGAGCGACAAAAAGAAACAGACCAGAUGUCAAAGUUGGUGAUAUAGUUUAUGCCAAGCUGUUGAUGGCAAUGAAAGACAUGGAACCUGAGUUAGUUUGUAUAGAUAGUACUGGACGUAGUGCAGGGAUGGGGGUGAUUGGGCGUGAUGGAGGGUUUUUACACUGCUGCUCUCUUAAUCUGAUAAGGAAGAUUUUAUCAACAGACUGCCCACUUCUGAAGCUUCUAGGUAAGAACAUGCCAUUCGAGAUUACAGUAGGAAUGAACGGGAGGAUCUGGGUACGAGCCCGAACAAACACACAAACUGUCACUGUCAUCAAUGCAAUAUCUGCAUCAGAGUACAUGGACAAUACACAGAUUGUAGCAAUGUGUAAAAAACUUUCUGAGGCAUUCAUUGAAGUGGACUGAUUUAUUAUUGAAAAAUUAAAUAAUUUGUCAGAGGCUUUCGUAAUUAUGAAGUGACAGAUGUAGUUACGCAAGGUAAUGUGAAAAAACAAGUUACGGGACACAGAGUGAUGUUGCAAGACCAUUGCACAAUAGUUGUUGAGGAAUAUGUAUCCAUUUAUAUGAAAAUAUGAUGUAUAACAUAUCGACAUUUUAUUUUGUGCUAGCCUAGUGAAAUGUUCUUACUGGAUUAAGGUUACUUAGUCAUGCGUGCAAACGAUGACAUAAGUACUUUCCCUAAUCAGUACAGAGGAUUGACAAUGUUCCUGUGCAGAGGUUGUAGUACUUUAGUUCAGAGAGAUACUUGUAAUUUAGCUGGUGUUUUCAGCAUUGCAUGGUGAUGCUCAUUUUUCUGUUGGAUAUUCAAGAAUUAACUACAUUUUGUAUAUUAAUUUUUAUGAUAAAAUGAAGUAAAGUGUAGGACUGAAGUGCUGAUUAUAUAUGAGCUGGGGCUGAUUCUAACAUUUUUUAGCAAUUGUACAUAAAUGUAGUUGGAAUUUUUCAUAUUUUUUGCUUUCUCAAACCAGGUUUAGCUUUAUUGUUUAAAGAAUAGGUAGAGCUAUUGCUCUUGCCCUUUUGUUAAUGUUGUCAUAGCAAUCUGUUGAGUUUUUGUAAGCUUUGACAUCUCGUUAUCAACUAGUGGUAACCAUAUUUGAGUUUAACUUCAGACGCUACUGAUUUGUUUACAGUGAUAAUCUGAUAUGCAAAGCACAGGUUUUAUAGCUUUACUUUUUAGCUCACCUGAGCAAUGCUCAGGUGAGUUUUUGUGAUCGCUCGAUGUACGGCGUCUGCCUGUCAUCUAUCGUCUGUCGUCUGUCAACAUUUAGCUUGUGUAUGCGAUAGAGGCUGUAUUUUUCAACUGAUCUUCAUGAAAUUUGGUCAGAAUGAUUAUCUUGAUGAAAUCAAGGCCAAGUUCGAAACUGGGUCAUCUGGGGUCAAAAACUAGGUCAUUAGGUCAAAUCAAAGAAAAACCUUGUGUAUGCGAUAGAGGCUGUAUUUUUCAAUUAAUCUUCAUGAAUUUUGGUCAGAAUGAUUACCUUGAUGAAGUCUAGGCAAAGUUCGAAAAUGGUCAUCUGGGGUCAAAAACUAAGUCACUAGGUCAAAUCAAAGAAAAACCUUGUGUAUGCAAUAGAGGCUGUAUUUUUCAAUUAAUCUUCAUGAAUUUUCGUCAGAAUGAUUACCUUGAUGAAAUCUAGGCCGAGUUCAAAUAUGGGUCAUCUCGGGUCAAAAACUAGGUCACUAGGUCAAAUAAAAGAAAAACCUUGUGUACGCGAUAGAGGCUGUAUUUUUCAAUUAAUCUUCAUGAAUUUUCGUCAGAAUGAUUACCUUGAUGAAAUCUAGGCUGAGUUUGAAAAUGGGUCAUCUGGGCUCAAAAACUAGGUCACUAGGUCAAAUCAAAGAAAAACCUUGUGUAUGCAAUAGAGGCUGUAUUUUUCAAUUGAUCUUCAUGAAAUUUGGUCAGAAUGAUAGCCUUGAUGAAAUCUAGGUCAAGUUUGAAUAUGGGUCAUCUUGAGUCAAAAACUAGGUCACUAGGUCAAAUCAAAGAAAAUAUUUACUUAUACUCAAUAUUUUUGCUCCAAUUUUAAUAAUAAUUGGUCAGAGUAUUUUUUUCCAUGAAAUCGCUAGGUCAAACAUGUUUACUCUGUUUAAUAUGCUGUGUUAUGGUGUGUUUCUCAGGUGAGCGACCUAGGGCCAUCUUGGCCCUCUUGUUUGAACAAAGUUUUGCCGAUAUUUAUUUGUAACUUAACUUUUUGAAGUUUAAUAAUAGUAAAACUUUUGUUAUCACCCUUUCAUCUGCUUCCACAUCACAAAUAUAGUUUUGCAUAUGAAAGGUCAAUUUCACAGUGACCCGGAACACUUAAACGGUUUACGGAUGAUAACUCCAGAAUGCUUGGGCCUAGGAUCAUGAAACUUUGAAGGGAAGUUGGUCACGACUUGCAGAUGACCCCUAUUGAGUUGGAUGUCAAAGGUCAAAGUCACAGUGACCCUGAACAGUUAAACUGUUUCCUGACAAUAAUGUGAGAAUGCUUGUGCCUAGGAUCAUGAAACUUAAUACGGAGGUUGAUCAUGACCAGCAGAUGACCUCUAUUGAUUUUGAGGUCAGUAAGUCAAAGGUCAAGGUCCCAUUGACCCAGAACACUAGAAUUAUUUUCCCCAAUAACUAGUGAAUGCUUUGGUUUAAGGUUACAUUUGAUACGGAUAUCACUUAUGACUGGUAAAUGACCCAUAAUUAUUGAUUUAGGUCAGUACAUCAAACGUCAGUGCACAGUGACCAAAUGUUUUCUGUUUCUUAUACAGUUAUGAAAGCAUCAAGGGGGGCACUUCAUGUUCUACAAGCUCAUGUUAACAGAAGUUUUGUGUGUAAGCUGUUUUUAGCCCACCAUCAUCAGAUGGUGGGCUAUUAAAAUCACUCUGCGUCUGUGGUCCGUCCGUCCGUCAUUCCGUCCGUCCGUCCGUCCGUUAACAAUUUCUCGUUAUCGCAUCUCCUCAGAAACUACUGGGGGGAUUUUGACCAAACUUUGUCAGAAUGAUGUAUUGGUACCCUAGUUGUGUCCCCCUGAAAAUCAGACUGGUUCAACAAUUUAUGAGUGAGUUAUGGCCCUUUGUUUAUUUCUAUAUUUUACAUAGAUUUAUAUAGGGAAAAACUUUGAAAACCUUCUUGUCCAAAACCACAGAGCCUAGGGCUUUGAUAUUUGGUUUGAAGCAUCAUCUAGUGGUCCUCUACCAAGAUGAUUCAAAUUAUUUCUCUGGGGUCAAAUAUGGCCCCGCCCUGGGGGUCACAUGGUUUAUAUAGACUGCAUUAUAUAGGGAAAAACUUUGAAUAACCUCUUGUCCAAAACUACAGGGCCUAGGGCUUUGAUAUUUUGUAUGUGACAUCAUCUAGUGGUCUUCAACUAAGAUUGUUCAAAUUAUACCCCUAGGGUCAAAUAUGACCCCGCCCUGGGGGUCAUAUGGUUUACAUAGACUUAUAUAGGGAAAAACUUUGAAAAUCUUCUUGUCCAAACCACAAAGCCUAAGGCUUUGAUACUGGUAAUGUAGCAUCAUCUAGUGGUUCUCUACCAAGUUUGUUCAAAUUAUCCCCCUAGGGUCAAAAAUGGCCCCGCCCCGGGGGUCACAUGGUUCAUUAUAGACUUAUAUUGGGAAAAGCUUUUAAAAUGUUCUUGUCAAUAACUACAACAUUCAAGUUUGGACCACAUAUGUAUUUUUGAGUGGCAAGAUGAACCUUGACAUGAGUUGACCUUGAUUUUGACCUAGUGACCUACUUUCACAUUUCUGUAGCUACAGCCUUCAAAUUUGGACCACAUGUAUAUUUCUGAGUGGCAAGAUGAACCUUGACAUGAGUUGACCUUGAUUUUGACCUAGUGACCUACUUUCACAUUUCUGUAGCUACAGCCUUCAAAUUUGGACCACCUGCAUAGUUUUGUGCACUGGAAAAAACUUUGACCUUGAUUUUGACCUAGUGACCUACUUUCACAUUUUUGAAGGUACAGGCGUCAGAUUUGGACCAUAUGCAUAGUUCCGUGUUUCAAAAUGAAAUUUGAUAUUGAUUUUGACCUAGUGACCUACUUUCACAUUUCUCAAGCUACAGCCUUCAAAUUUGGACCACAUGCAUAGUUUUGUGUACCAAAAAAAACUUUGACCUUCACAUUGACCUAGUGACCUACUUUCACAUUUUUGAAGGUACAGGCUUCAAAUUUGGACCACAUGCAUAGUUUUGUAUUCCGAAAUAAAAUUUGACCUUGAUUUUGACCUAGUGACCUACUUUUACAUUUUCAAGCUACAGCCUUCAAAUUUGGACCACUUGCAUAUUUUUGUGUACUGAAAUGAACUUUGACCUUUACAUUGACCUAGUGACCUACUUUCACAUUUUUAAGGUACAGGCUUCAAAUUUGGACCACAUGCAUAGUUUUGUAUUCCGAAAUAAAAUUUGACCUUGAUUUUGACCUAGUGACUUCUUUCACAUUUCUCAAGCUAUAGCCUUCAAAUUUGGACCACAUGCAUAGUUUUGUGUACCGAAAUGAACUUUGACCUUUACAUUGACCUAGUGACCUACUUUCACAUUUUUGAAGGUACAGGCUUAAAAUUUGGACCACAUGCAUAGUUUUGUAUUCUGAAAUAAAAAUUGACAUUGAUUUUGACCUAGUGACCUACUUUUACAUUUCUCAAGCUACAGCCUUCAAAUUUGGACCACUUGCAUAGCUUUGUGUACUGAAAUGAACUUGACCUUAAGAUUGACGUAGUGACCUACUUUCACAUGUCUGUAGCUACAGGCUUCAAAUUUAGACUACAUGCAUAAGAUUGUGUACCGAAACAAACUUUGACCUUGACAUUGACCUAGUGACCUACUUUCACAUUUCUCAAGCUACAGCUUUCGAAUUCGGACCACAUGCACAGUGUUGUGUACUGAAAUGAAAUUUGACCUUGAGCUAGUCAAUAAGUCUUGAAAUUUGGAACACUCAAAAAUGGCACAUUGGUGGGCGCCAAGAUCACUCUGUGAUCUCUUGUUUAUAAACUAUUAUAUUUAAUAUUUUCAAACUCUUCAGAAGUCUUAAGCAUCGAGAAAUGACCACUCUGAGUCAGAUACCGUAAAACCUGGCACAAUAAUGCUUAUAAUUACCAACUUAAAAAAUUCUGAAAAUUUUGGUUAAGUUAUUGUUUGUAAGGCAGUAUUGUGUGAAAGGUUUUGAAAUACAUGUAGUUGAGAAUUCUAGUUUGUUAAGCUGGUAUCUUAAUUAUCAUUGUAAGAGUAAAAAGUUCUAUAACUCUUUCUUAAGCAGAUUUGUUGCAAGUUUUGUACUUGUUUAUGUCAUUAUAUUCAUUCAUUUUACUUUUAUGUGGUAUUUGAAUUAUCAAGCAUUCACAUUGACAGCCCUUGUUCAUUAUUUUGAAUUUGUUAUUUAUGAUACUUUAAAAGCAGUUACAUAUUAUAACUGCAUGUAAUUAUAAAAUGCAGAGUAUUAAGUGUCA